AUGGAGUUCUCCCAGCAACGAUUGAAAAUGGCGAAAAGACGGACGAUGUGUAAUAAAAGGAAUAAUUUUGGAACAUAUCAAUUAAUCACCAUCGUCAGUUGUUCAUCAAUUACAACUGAUGAUGACUGCAUAAUGGAUUGGUUUGGCAGCACCCAUGAAGUUUCAAGCAGGCGAUAUAAUGGGAGAUAUGGAGGGAGAACAGCAUCAAUGGGAACAAUAUUUCCUUCCACAUCAUCGAUCCCACUGAGAGAGAUCGAAAGCAUUGACAGGGCAAUUGCAAAAUCAUUUGCAGACGAUAGAAGAGGAAAUCACGUGAUCAAUGAAGUUUUCCAAUUGAAAGGAGACGAGGAUCUUGCAAGGGCUCUACAGGAAAGUUUGAAACUGGGUGAGCCUUCACCCUGGAACAGAAAUGUUUCUGGUUCUUGUUACAAUGAAAAUAAUCAUCCACUAUGCGAUGUUUGCAAGAACUUUAUUCAAAAAAAUAUUUCUGGUGUUGUUGUAUACAAGGCACAUCCUUUCUGGGGUCAGAAAUACUGCGUGUUUCAUGAGCAUGAUGGGACUACAAGGUGUUGUAGCUGUGAGCGAAUGGAAUCAAAGGAAACACGAUAUGUUGCUCUUGGUGAUGGACGAAAGCUAUGCUUGGAGUGUAUUGAUUCUGCAGUGAUGGAUACCACCGAAUGUCAGCCACUUUAUAAUGAUGUACAGAAAUUUUAUGAAAGUAUGGGGAUGAAGGUGGAACAGAAGAUUCCUUUACUUUUAGUUGAGAGACAAGCACUUAAUGAGGCCAUGAAUGGAGAAACGAAUGGUCAUUACCACAUGCCGGAGACCAGAGGACUAUGCCUUUCAGAGGAACAAACGAUUAGCACAGUUUCGAGGCAACCGAGAACUGGGAUUGGAAUGAAUUGGGCCCCAAACAUGAGAAGAGAGCCAUAUAAGCUGAUACGUAUCUGUGAGGUUACAGCCAUUCUCAUUCUUCAUGGACUUCCAAGGUUGCUUACUGGGACGAUCUUGGCACAUGAAAUGAUGCAUGCGUGGCUGAGGCUGAAUGGAUACGUGGGUCUCCGGCAAGAUGUUGAAGAAGGAAUAUGUCAGGUGGUAGCUCACAUUUGGUUGACAUCUCAGAUGGCAUCCAUAUCUGGUCAAGGGAAAAGGUUUGCGUUAGAGAAGAAGCUUGCGGAGUUCUUUAAACACCAGAUUGAAUCUGAUCAGUCUCCGGUGUAUGGGCAUGGUUUUAGAGCAGGACAUCGGGCUGUCCUUAAAUAUGGCCUUCAAAAGACAUUGGACACCAUUCGAGUAACAGGAAACUUUCCUUUCUGAUUAAAUGAAUUGUCUAUGUUGAAUCCUUUUUUUGUAUUAUAUAUCUGGCUAUAGCCGGUUUAGUAAUAUUUUUCGUUUCUUAUAUGUACCCUUAGAGCACAUAUUAGAAAAUCAAUAUAUAUAUAUAUAUAUAUAUAUAUAUAUAUAUAUAUAUAUAUAUAUAUAUAUAUGUAUGGUUAUAUCGAAGUG